UCGACCCUGGUUCCGAGUGCUUACCGCGCGGAGUGGGGGAGGGUAAGAGAUCUAACUUUACACCAGUCAUCGGCAGUAUUUGUUCCCGUGCCCGCAGCUUUGGUCGUCCGUCGUCUCGUAAUCGAAAGUUUUUUUUUUGUUCGAUCAAGUGCGAGAAGGGACUCUGUACAAGUUCCGUAAAAUAACAACCGACGUUCCCUCCCCCGUGUACGUGUUUGAUUAGUGAAGAGUGCGCGGGCCGCGGUUAACGAUCAACCCGUGAAAAUCGUGCUGAAUUUGCGAAACGAGGGUCCCGAUGCUCCGCUAAGAAUUAUGUCGGAUACUGGCGCAGGAUUACGAUCGGUCACACGUCAAGUCAGCUGACAUAUUGCGCCCUGCUACACCGCAACAGCUCUUGGCUUGCUGCGACGAGCAUCGGGAGACAAAGCGAACGCGCGCAUUCACACACAGUUGGGGCCAGCGAAUUGCGCUCUGAGAUUUACCGAACAAAACCACACAGCUUCGGAAGGCGAGAGAGAGAGAAAGAGAGCUCCACCGAGCGACGUCUGUUGGCUAUCGAUGGCACGUCCUCGUCUAACGUCGCGAUAAGGAUACGCACGGGGAACCCACUUAAAUGCCUCGAACCAAUUCUUACUCCAUGUUGUGCGUUGGUUGCGACACGACUGCGUGUUGGAAAGUGAGUAUAUGGUGACACACGGUCGUAAGGAGGCAACCAGAGAGCAAGCUGUGGCAAGAGAAGCUUACUUACUCCUCGUUUAGCUGACUGCAACUGCUCGGUCCUUCUCGAGUGAUUGCAAGCAAAGAAGAGGACGAGGACUCGCUUAAUCUUAGAAGUUCUACUGGGAUUAAACGGAAGAAAAUAUGGAACGAGAGUCUAAUCCGAUGCAAGCUCUGUGCCGCAGCGGCUGCGGAUUUUAUGGCUCUCCAGCCACGGAUGGCCUUUGUUCCCUUUGUUAUAAAGAAAAUUUGAAAAAGAAGCAGCAACCUCCUGUGUCAGCUGCCACUGUAACAACAUCACAGACCGUCUCUGGUAACGCUGGCACGUUGCAAGGCGGUUUUGGUAGUCCUGCAGCUACGGGAACUACGGCCCAACCUACCAUUCCUACUAUACCUCAACCAACGACAGAUCUGCCAAACCCCAAAGAAAUAAAUAGGGAAGAUCAGGAAAGUGAAGCAGGCAUAAGCAGUGGAGCAGUAGCAGAAGGUUCAGUGAGUAGCGGGGACGCGGAUGACUGCUUUGACGGCAAAGAGACUGACAAAGAAUCCAAGAAGAAGAAAAAUCGUUGCGCAGUAUGUCGCAAAAAAGUCGGUCUGACCGGAUUCGAGUGCCGUUGUGGAGGACUGUUCUGCUCUGUGCAUCGAUACAGUGACAAGCACGACUGCAAGUUCGAUUACAGAGAAAUGGGCGCUCAAGAGAUUCGGCGCAACAAUCCGGUUGUUGUUGGUGAAAAAGUGCAAAAAAUUUGAACUAUUUAGUGCGUAGUCGUUGGGAAAAUGGUUAUAUAACUAUAUAAACAAACAGAAUAUAAAACGGAGAAAACGAGAUAAAUUAUCUGGCAGCUGAUUGCACGUCGAGGGGCGAAGCGGGUGAAUGCGAGUUUCAUGUACGAAAGGGAGACAGAGAAUGAUAGUGACGCGGAAAUAUAUGUGUGUUUGUGUGUGUCUACUACGCGUGUGUGUGCGCGCGCGAAAGAGCAAGGAUGAAAGAGAGUGUGAGAUUUGAAAAAGAGCGAGAAACCUUUUUCGUGAGCACAGAGAGAAUGAAAAGAAAAAUAAUUGGUUUGUAACACACGGUAUAUACACGCGAAUUUAGUAAAGAAACGAGAGAGAGAGAGAGAGAGAUAGAGAGAGAGAGAGAGAGAGAGAGAGAGAGAGAGAGAGAGAGAGAGAGAGAGAGAGAGAUUUUCGGAGAAACGGAUUUACGAGAGAGAACGUAAAAUAAGUUAUAUAAUAUAGGACAAAUGAAAAUUAGAGUGCGUGUAGCGAGAGUGCUUCUUCGAGAAAAUAAAAAAGAAAAUGAAAUUGGAUGCCAGUGCCAUGUCAGAUUGUCAUCUUAACGAGAGUUUUAAUCGAGAAUAUAUUUGGUUCUAACUGCUGCCAGCUUACUACACUAUUAUUACCUAUUAUUAUCUACGAUUAUUACGGUUUAUUAUUAUUCUAUAUUAUGUUUAUUAAUUUACUUAAACGCAAAAUUCGCAUACGAGAGCGAGAGUGUGAGAGAGGGAGAGA